CCGCAACCGGGUGAGCUCGCGGUUCUACUCGGGGCGGGUGGUGGGACUGUGCUCCGUCCUUAGCGGGUCCUCGUCCAGUGUCUCUGGCUCACUGAGAGACAGCGGAGCGCCGCAGCAUGAGCGACUCCGCAGGAGAACGCGCUCGCCUCCGGCGCUACCCCGAGCUCCCGGUGUGGGUGGUGGAGGAUCAUCAGGAGGUUCUGCCUUUUAUAUACCGAGCCAUCGGUUCAAAACACCUUCCUGACAGCAAUGUAAGUUUUAUGCAUUUUGACUCACAUCCAGACCUCCUUAUUCCUGUGAAUAUGCCAGCUGACACUGUGUUUGACAAGGAAACUCUUUUCAGAGAGUUAAGUAUUGAGAAUUGGAUCAUGCCUGCAGUUUAUGCCGGCCAUUUUUCUCACGUGCUAUGGCUUCAUCCCACGUGGGCUCAGCAAAUCAGAGAGGGCAGGCAUCGCUUCUCAGUGGGCAAGGACACGUCCACCACCACCAUCAGGGUUACAAGUACAGAUCAUUACUUCCUAAGUGACGGUCUUUAUGUAACUGAAGACCAGCUAGAGAAUCAAAAACCUUUACAGUUGGAUGUAAUUCUGGUAAAGCCAUAUAAACUCUGUAACAGUCAAGAAGAAAACGAUGCAGUGUCUUCUGCUAAGAAACCAAAGCUAGCACUGGAGGACAAAGAAAGCACUGCCUCCACUAACUGUAACUCUUAUUCGGAAGGAUUGGAGAAGGACACGGUGACACCGAGAAAGGUCCAGACUGGCCUAGAACCUUCGUGUUCAUGUUCUCCUGAAAGCCAAGAAUGCCAGACUGCAGUCCGCACGGGAGAGAUCCUGGAAGUUUUGAAGAAAGGGGAUGCAUUUGUUUUAGAUAUUGACUUAGAUUUCUUUUCAGUCAAGAACCCCUUCAAAGAAAUAUUCACACAGGAGGAAUACAAAAUCUUACAAGAGCUCUACCAAUUUAAAAAGCCUGACACCAACCCGACAGAGGAAGAUUUGGUAGAUUGUGUCGAUACUCGAAUUCACCAGUUAGAAGAUUUAGAAGCCGCUUUUGCUGAUUUGUGUGAUGGUGAUGAUGAGGAAACUGUACAGAAAUGGGCUUCGAACCCUGGAAUGGGAUCACUAGUUCCACUCGUACAGAGUUUGAAAAAGCGGAUGGACAUGCCAGACUAUGAAAUGGUUCACCAGGCUGGUCUAACCUGUGACUAUUCAGAACUUCCUCACCACGUCAGCACAGAACAAGAGAUUGAGUAUCUCAUUCAGUCUGUAUAUUAUUUACUGAAAAGUUUACCAAAGCCUACUCUUGUGACAAUUGCAAGGUCAAGUCUGGAUGAUUACUGUCCUUCUGAGCAAGUUGACAGCAUUCAGGAAAAAGUCCUCAGUGCGCUGCGCUCCCUCUACGGGGCUCUCGACGUCCACCUGGUGUAUUCGGCAGAGUCGUCUCCGUCUUGAAGCAGCCGAACACGAGGCUCCUGCUACAUCUCGACGUAGUGACAGGGUUUUCAUCAGCUUCCUUGUAAACGUGUCUUCCGGAGGGCGCUUUGUUUUCUAGUAACGUUGACUGAACAUCUCCCGGGUGUUGUCAGUUGCUGAAUGGUGGCGGCUUUGUGGGCACCGGGUCUGCCCCUGCUGCUUACCUCUCUCUCCUUCUGUAAUUGUCUGUCUUCACUUUUGUGAGGGUGUUUUUUUGUUUGUUCGUGCUAUUACAGAUGUCCCUUUUUUUUCCCUUUGAGGGUGGGUUCCCCCCCCAUUCUCAUUUUUCUCCUAGGUCAGUUGGACUGUAUGAGAUUCGUUCAUUCAUUUCACUCACUCAGCUAACCGACCUUCAUUGAGCACUUACGUGCGCCAGGCAUCACUACACGCUGGGUGUACAGUAAUGGACGGAACAGAUGGGGCCCCCGCCCUCUGGAGGGACAGCCAAGAACAAGUCACAGACUGUAACAAAUUUUAGCGAGGAAAGGGCAACCACAGACGUGUCUUAGGCAUGUUCUAGUCCUCAGGGCACCCUGGCCUUAUGGGAAAGUGACAUUCUCAAAAGCUACUACCUAAUAAUAAUAAUAAUAAUAAAUAAACAAACUUGCCAGCCCAUGAAAAUGUCGCAGGAAGUCUACCUCCCCGAGACUGGUACUAUGUAUGACCCAGCUCUCGCAAACAAUGCUCUCAGCACUGUUGGUAUGAGGUCUGUUUAAGUAAACUCAACCGAACGAGUUAACUCGAGUUUGCCGAUCAAAAAGCCCUUCUGUGCGUUGCACCUCCAUGACGGUCAGGGUGAGCGCUCACUGGCAUUGUAGCUCUGAGGCGCCACUUCGUGGGCAGUCUGGGUAGAUCCUUCUUCCCAAUCAGCCGGCUCUUCGUGUAAAUAGUAGGGAAAAAGUUAAGUCCUCGAUUCUGGCCCACCAUAAAUACCGCCUUUCACCAGCGUCCCCAGGAGUGAGGGACCCUGUCUGAUUGAUUGGCUCUUCAUCACGGAGCUUUGCAUUUGCUUAAUUGGCCAAAGUCACCCUCUCUUUAGUAUUCGUCAUGUUCAGUAAUCAUUUUUAACUGCCUACUUGAUUUAUUUUCCUUUAAAAGGUAAGACAGCAUUUAAAG